GUUGGUGUCUUCACGCUCUGGUGUAAAGGCCAGGUAUAGGAUGUUCAAGUCUACUGCUUUUGGACCCGGCUAAUUCAUGCUGAGAUAUGCGUGAUAAAAUGAGGAAAUGGAGGGAAGAAAACUACCGAAACAGUGAACAGAUAGUGGAUGUUGGAGAAGAGUUAAUUAAUGAAUAUGCAUCUAAACUUGGAGAUGACAUUUGGAUAAUAUAUGAACAGGUGAUGAUUGCUGCCCUGGACUGCAGCCGAGAUGAUUUGGCAAUGUUUUGUCUUCAAGAACUAAGGCGGCAGUUUCCUGGGAGCCACAGAGUUAAACGAUUAACUGGAAUGAGAUUUGAAGCUAUGGAAAGGUAUGAUGAUGCUAUCCAGUUGUAUGAUAGAAUUUUACAAGAAGAUUCAACUAACACAGCAGCAAGAAAGCGUAAGAUUGCCAUUCGAAAAGCCCAGGGGAAAAAUCUUGAGGCCAUCCGAGAGCUGAAUGAGUAUCUGGAACAAUUUGUUGGAGACCAAGAAGCUUGGCAUGAACUUGCAGAACUUUACAUCAAUGAGCAUGACUAUGCAAAGGCAGCCUUCUGCUUAGAGGAGCUUAUGAUGACUAAUCCACACAACCACUUAUAUUGUCAGCAAUAUGCCGAAGUUAAAUACACUCAAGGGGGGCUUGAAAACCUUGAGCUAUCAAGAAAGUAUUUUGCACAGGCACUGAAGCUGAACAACAGAAAUAUGAGAGCUUUGUUCGGACUUUACAUGUCUGCCAGCCAUAUUGCUUCCAAUCCAAAAGCAAGUGCAAAAAUGAAAAAAGAUAAUAUGAAAUAUGCCAGCUGGGCAGCUAACCAAAUAAAUAGAGCAUACCAGGUUAGUACAUCAUUGUUUUAUGACACUCUUAACAUGCUCUGUAGUUCUUUUCUGCAUUUUUAUCAGCUGCUGUUCAAGAGGCUAGGUACAAUGUGUAAAUCAGCAUAAUUUGCAUGGAACUUUUGCGUUCUACUUCUGUUUGAUUUCCUGGAAGCCUUAAUUAAUAUAAGGUUGGUAUUUUAUAGUUACUAAUUUCUGUAACUUACUAGCUUCAAAUAGAUUUUUUUUUUUUUUCUACUAACAUAACUGAAUGUGCACUAGUAUAAUGUUGACCUCCAAGACUGACUUCUGCAGCUAAGCAAUUUUAAUAUAAUUUAGUAUGUCUUAAUUCUUAGAGUGGCUUGGUCAUCUACUUCUAUUUUACUAGAAAACAAAUGAAAAUUCUAGAAUUUUGUUUCAGUUUAUUCUGACCUUUCAAAAUCAUAUUUAACGGUGUUCCUACUAACUACCUUAGUAAUUGUGACUGAAGUUGGUUUUAUGUAGUUUUAUAGAAAAAUGCCCAUUGAAUUGUGAAAAUGUAGAUUUUGUAGGCCACAAUCAAAGCUUACUGGAGUCAUUAGGAGUUUUUUCAGCUAUUUGAAAAGUUUUAUGCAUAAAUAUCUAUAUUUGCUUUUGUAUUACAAGCUUCUCUAUUUUUUUUCCAUAACUAUGGGUGAAAACAGGUUUUAGCUCAUAGGUUCUGCUGUCCAUACAUCCCAAACAUAGUAUGUCUAUUUGAGUCCCUUAUAGCUAUUCUUAAUGGUCUACCAAUCAAAGUUUAUGUAUAAGUAAUUUGAACAUCAACAUCAUACUGGCCAGUUGUCCCCAGAACUUUAUCUGAGCAAAAACGUUGGAAUUAAAUGCAAAGACAUUGCAUAUAUGUAAUACUCCUUUCUCUCUGUAAUAUUUCAGUGUCAGAACCCAACAUUUAUUUUUUAUCUUACCACUGCUUUUCACAGUUAGUACUACCAAAUGGCCUUUGACCAGUUCCAUCUAUUAUGGAAUUAAAUUAACAUUUUCUUUUAUGGACAAUGCCGUUUUCUUAACACACUGUAUGUCAAUUCAUUGCCAAGAGUGCAGGUUCUUGUGGCUGACGUGUUUGGGAUGUAUUACAACUUCGAAGUAUUUUCUAUUUCCUCUGAUUGGCCCUGUAGCUUUUGACCAUAUGUACAGUGAAGAAUAUUGUAUUCCUGAGGACAUAGUUAAGUGUUUUAUACUUGUGUGCCUAAAGUUUCUUUGUUUUGCUGUUUAAAUGACUCCCUGUUUUUCGUUAAUAAACCAUUUACGUGCUCAUGACAGUAAGAUGUGUAUGAAUUACCAACUUUGUCUGGUUUCCCAUAAAUAAGCAGAACUUCUUUUGAUUUCAGUAUGCCUGACAUUCCUGUAAGCACAAUAUUAAUGGAAAACUCAAGUAUUGCAGGAUUUAAAACAAACAAACAAACCUCAAAAACCCCCUUGAAGAACAGAAUACACAGUGGAUUCACCACUGGUAGAACAAAACAGGUUUUAAAAGAUGUGUGAAUUUUGAGUGAAAACUAUUAUUCUAUGUUUUACAUCUUAAUGAAAUGAACUGCUUGAUUAGAGGGGAUUUGAACACGUUUUAAGUGAAUAUUACGACUGAAGUUUCCAGUCGAAAGCACCACUAGAGACCUGUUAGCACUUCUGGGAAACUGCCCCUUUCAGGGUGCAUGAGGAUCAAAAUGUAAGCCCGGUGUUGGCUGUGGAAUGGUGGCAUACCGAGGUCAAGACCUAGAAAUAGGCAUCUUGUGGUUCUAAAUAUAAUGAAAGUUUAAUUAUGAUACUUUGUAGUUUCUUGACUCACAGAUAGAUCAGCUUG